GGGACAUGGCGGCCAACGAUGCCGACCCCGAGGUCCUACCCAUCAAGCCGGGCGUCCGUGGCUCGUGGUAUGGCGGACCGGCGCUGACUAGGCAGGAGCGACGAUCGUCGAUGGUGGCGAUGAGCCAGGAGCAGAUGCAUGUGGAAAAGCACGAGGUGUCGGCGUCGGGAUGGGUGCUGUACUAUGAGGGUAAGGGCUUUCGCAAGGGCUGGAAGCAGCGAUGGCUCGUGCUCGAGUUCCGCUCGCUGCGGUUGCUGGACAAGCCGGCAGGGAAGGACCUGCGGACCGCGGUCGAUGUGUCGGCAGUGAAGCGUGUGGGCCGGGCGGCGGCCAGCGACGCGCCGAGCCACGCCAAGGCUGACAAGUACGACGGGCGCCUGGUCAAGCUGGCACUCGCUGACGGCGCGCUGAUGUUCGCGGCGACCACGUCCGAGUCUGCUAGCACAUGGAUCUCCAAGCUCUCGUAUGCCAAGGCGAUGUACUCGGCGCAGGUCGGCUCGCCAUCAGGCCGCUUCACGCCGAUCAAGCAGUACCUGGUCCGCGAGCCCGUGGCGUCGGUGGCCGACUACUCGAUGCUUGCACAGUGUCAGAUCCGGUCGUACCGGUCGCGGGCGGCAUCCGUCUCGGGAACGCCGCCAGCACUGGCCAGUAGCGACGAUGAUAUUCCGCCGACGUGGACAGGCGUGCCGGUCGAGUCGUCGAUGGCCCGCUAUGCGUACGGCGUCGAGAACGAUGAGAGUCUCUCUGCAUUCUACAAGCGGUUCUUCGCGCCGUUUGACCACGGCGUCUUUUCCGCCAUCACCGCCGACGACUCGCCAGUCAUUAUCUCGCUCGUUCGCGAGGCAAUAUCGCUCUACGGGCGUGCAGGCGUGUCGAUGCUGCGGGUGCUGGUGUGGACGCCGCUCGGGCUGGAGAAGCACUACUUGGAGCCCACGUGGAGCUUCAAGUCAUACAAGCACGACCUGGGCAAGGUGCUGGCGCGGCUGGGGAGUGAUGGCGAGUAUGUGGUGCUGAAGAAGGAGUUUGUGGCGUGCCACGAGCAGGGCGUUCGCGACGAGCUGCUCAAGCUCGAGAAGCUCUGGGUCCCGACCCAGUUCAAGAUUGGGGUCCUUGUGGCGCGGCCCAACCAGACCGACGAGGACGAGAUCUUUGCCAACGAUGUCGACCCCAACGACGGCGACGCGCCGUUCAACAAGUUCCUUGCGCUCCUCGGCGAGCGGGUUCGGCUCCUCGGGUACACUGGGUACCGUGGCGGGCUGGACGUCAAGACCGACGGGACCGGGACGCACUCGGUCUCGCGCGAGGUCUACGGCAACGAGGUCAUGUUCCACGUCUCGACAUAUCUUCCGCACGACGACACCGGACAGGAGCUCAAGCGCAAGCGGCACAUUGGCAACGACGUGGCGUGCAUUGUGUUUGUGGAGGAGGGCGAGGGCUUUGCCGGCUGGGACCCAAACACCAUCCGCUGCAAGUUCCAGCACGUGGUCGCUGUCGUCCGGCCUAUCGAUGGUGGCCGCGCGUACGCGCUGGGCGUGGCGCACAAGGGCGAGAUGUAUGAGUUUGGCCCACCACUCCCGACCUCGGUCUGGGAGGCCGGUGAGCCGUUCAUCGAGUACCUUGUGCUCAAGCUGCUCAACGGCGAGCGGUCAGCCAUCCUCACCUCGCCGCUGUUUGCCAUCAAGUACAAGCGGACACUCGACAUCAUGCUGCGGUCGAUUCAUGACGACGCAGUGGCUGCGGCCGAAAGUGGAACGACAGCAGAGGUGCUCGCGCGGUCGGCGGAUGUGGCUGCGCAGCUGUGGGGCGAGUCGGGCGUCCCGCCGUCAGGCAACGAGCUGACCAAGAACGCUAUCUUUGUGACCGAGCCACUGAUGCAAGGCGUGCCGCACAAAGUCGUGUGCUGGGACCUCUGGGGCUCGCACUUUAUUUUCUCGUCAGACUACGGGCUCUUCCUCUGCCCGACCGCCGCCGACGACGCGAGCGCGGCCGACGACGCACCGGUGCGGAUUUCGUCGCUGGCUGCGGCAGAAAUGACGGUCGUUGAAGCCCUCGACGUGCUGGUGAUCAAGGCCAAGAACGCGCUCUGGCUGCUGUACCUCGGCUCAAUCGGCGAGCUUGUCCAGGUCCGGCUGAGCGGAACCAAGGGCGUGAGCCAGUACGAGGUGGCGCAGAUUGGUAACGACGUGGUGCUUGUAGCUGGAGUCAAGUCGUCACUGGUGGUCUUCAAGUGGCAGGGCUCCACUUUUGUGCAGGCGUCGAGCGAGGCGCUCGCUGGCGGCAAGGCGACGGUGCUCCACAUCAUCGGUAGCCACGUGGUUGUCGGCUCGCCGACCCAGUUCUACCGGCUGCAGCUCGAGGCCGAUACGCUGGCGAUCUCAGGCUCGCAAGCGCUAUUUGUCCCGCCAUCACCGCUGGGCAAUCGGGCGCUGGAGAUCUUCCCAAUGACCGCGGACGACCGGUACCUGAUCUGCUACGACGAUCGGGCGCUGUUUGUCAACGAGGUCGGGCAGGCGACGGGCCUUGAGUUUGGAUGGUCGUCGCAGCCGCUCAAGCUCGCGUGCUACCCACCGGUUAUUGUGGGCGUCAUGAUUGACUUUAUCGAGGUCCGCUCGCUCCUCAACGGCGCGCUUAUCCAGCAGCUUUUCCUUGACGGGCCCAUCCGUCUUCUCUCAUCGCAGGACGGUCCGGCAGUAGCGGUCCAUCCAACGCCGACGUCGACCGACGUGCUCUUUCUCUGUGCUGUCCCCUCGCCGCAAGCCCAGGGCGAGACAAGGACUAUGCGCGGGCGGCUAGACGGCGGGCGCAUCAAGAUCAACUUUACCGAGGCCCGCCCCGGCGCCCAGGUCGAGACCCAGACCACCGACGGCGCCAUCUCCGUCUCGAGCACCAGCGGGAGCGGGUGCACCAGCGGGAGCGGGUGCACCAGCGGGAGCGGGUGCACCAGCAGAAGCGGAACUAGUAGUGGAAGUGCAACCAGCAGCGACUCGAGCGACGACGGAAGCGCCAAGGCGGAGGGUGAGGUCGAGCCCGAGCCCGAGCCCGAGCUCGAGCCCGAGCCGGGCCUGGUUAUCUCGGACUCGAGUUCCGGCGACGCCGCCGGCGCCGCAGACAAUGCGGACAGCCCCGAGACAAGUAGCUCAUCAGACUCGAUGAGCAGUGCAAGUGGCAGCGCUGAUGGCAAGUAGUUGUCUUAAACAGUUGAACAUGAGUA